CGAACCAGAACGGGCGGUUGGCGCAAUGGUAGCGCGUUGGUUUUCGGUUCUGAAUACCUUUGAUACCCAAUGGGUAUUCAUGUUUGCAGAGACACCAAAGGUUGUGGGUUCGAGCCCCAUGCUGCUCGCUUUUUUGCCUGCCAAACGUCUUUGGAACGUACUUUUCUUUUGGAAGAUCCAGGGUAUGUGGGGUGUGUUAGUUUUGUGUGGUGGGGCAUGGAGGGGCAUUGUGUGAUGUCGGCUGCAAGGCUUGUGGUUUCGCGUUUUACUUUGAACAUGGACACAGACGGGAUGUGUAAUAUUGACCAAUACAGCAAGCUAUUAUGUACCAUUAUUGAUUGACUUAUGCUGUUAUGCUGUACAUAACUAGAAUCUAGAUUGACGGACGGAUUAGUUCACGG